AUGCGAGCCCAGCUCCAUGCGCGGAACCUGACUGCACGCGUCCCUCCGGUUGUACGCAGCAAGCACCGCGGAAGUCUGCGACAGCGCCCCAGCUACACAGCGGUGACGCCGCCGUCGGCCCACUCGGUGGCCAACCGGUCGACUUUGCGACGAGCAGUUCGCGUGGACGACAGGGAGCUCUUUCGCCGCACUCGAAGGGUGCAGCGCUGGCAGGAUCUGCCGCGCACCAUUGGCGACCACACGCCCGAGAACUUGGCAAGUCAGGGCUGGCGGUGGCGCCGACGCAAGAAGAGCUUCGAUCUGUACACGAGGCAGUCGCCGAUGGUCAGCAUCACUGGCGCCCCGCUGGGAUCUCAGGAACUGUCGUCGCUUCAGGACAGUGAAGUCUUGGCGGUGGGGAACAUCCUGUGUUCUAUCGGUCAGUUGGCAUCCCCGCUGCGCUCUCCAAGCGAGAGCAACUACAACUCGCUCAUGCACGCGCUGUAUGGCUCAGACUUCAUCUAUGGCUCACUGGUCCACAAGGCAACUUUCCGCCGCAGGUCUCGCAAUGACAGCGCUGAUGAUAGCCAGCCAAACCCUGUACCAGGCCGACAACAAGGGGAAGAGCGUAACAACCAGCUACUGGUCAAGACCUGCGCUUUCGUGCACACCUCCAUGUUCGACAAGAAGAACGAGCAGAUGUGCUACGCCGAGCUCUUCUCGCCCACGUCCAGCGGAGGGUUCAGCAUUUCGACCUGCUCGCUGGCUGGUCGAGAAGUGAUCGCGGGCAAAGUGCGAGCCCCACUAUGCAGAGCGCUGCACCAACUGCACCCGUUCAGUGCUUGGCUUUCGGCUGAGCCUGCCAGCUCCGGCGUGCACGUGGUGUUCCGUGCCCGCUUCCACCGCUCCGAGAGCGACGGGUUGUGCCCACCCAAAGUGAUGAACGCUCGCCUGUGGAAGCUCGCGAAGGGUAUGUGCAAGCUCGGCAAGGUGGUGGACACCAUGGCCCAGCAACCCCGAGGACUGGCGAGCAGCUCGGGCAUCAGAACCCCCGAAGGACCACGAAACUCGCGCUGCAUUGUGUGCACCCGCUCGCUGCACCAUAUUUUCAUGACGCGAGCCUGCAGCCGCUGCGAGUUGUGCUCCUACAACGUGUGCGACGCAUGCUGCUCGAAGCAGCACGUGGCCAUUUACAAUCGGCAUGUGGCGCCACUGCUGGUGUCUGCCCGGUGCCGCGAGAGCCUCGCUCGCGACGAGUUCGACAGUCAGCUGCGAGCCGUGAACCCCGACGCGGCGACGUCCCUCUCAAGCCCAGCCCUCGUGUGA